UGUGGCUGCAGCAUCACAUCACUCGGAUCACCCAUCAGCGCUCUUCCGUCCAUUCUGUCUUUGCCAUAGUACCUUGCCUUGCCUUGCCUUGCCUUACCCAGUCGCUGACCCAACGUCCGUAUUUGUAUUUCAUCUCGACGUUCCUAUACACACAUCUGUGCAGGCAGCCACCGCUCAACCUGCCUCUUCUGUCGCCUCGCCCGCCAUUCGUGCCUUGGCUAGAACGCUGAUCCAAGAAGAGUCGUGAAUUCUCCAGACAGGCAACUCCAUUCUCUUACCACGCCCCACGUCACCAGUAGCCUGGGCUACCAUCUCGACACGCAUCUGCCUGGUCGGCUCUGUAGCCGCUCUUGUCACCGCGCACAAUGCCGCCCCGAGAGGAGAAGAGCCAAUUGAAGCGCCCUCGUGGUUCGAUUCCCGAGGGCGAGACUGAGUCCAAGAAAGCUCGUCGCUCCGACCGUCUCACGAAGCCUGGCGAGGGCGACAAGACCCCGGUCACCAAAAACAAGCAGCAGCUGCCGUCUCCUGUCACGCAGCUCACCUCGGGGGAAGACACGAAGGAGAGAUCCCCCUCGCGUCAGGUUGGCGGCGCGAGUACGCCUCGCAAGCCCGAGGAACUGCACGAGCUAAGCCAGGCCCUCUCGUCGCCACCUCAGGACACUCAGCCCCUCAGCCAGUUUGUCGAGCCGAAUGCUGUCGCGCUCGCCGAGGAGGAGGAGGACGAGAUCCAAGAGGGCGUCUGGGGCUAUCUCGUUCCCCUGGACCCCAAGUAUGGCGACAGACCCAUGGUGCUCAAGAGGAGGGGCGCAUGCCCGAAGCCCAGCAAGGAGAUGACGGCGGACAAGAAGGCCAGCAGUCGCCAGGGGAAGCCAGACACGCUGGGCGACGAAGAGGCAUACGAGAAGAGCAAGAUUGGCAACGCACCGUCUGGCGGAUACCUGAUCGGGAGACACCCCGAGUGCGACGUCAUUGUCAACAACCACAUUGUGUCAAACCGCCACUGCCUCAUCUUCACGGAGAACAAGGGCAGCGAUACCACGGCCAUCCUUGAGGACCUGUCGCAGAACGGUACCUUUGUGAACGAGGCGUACGUCGGUCGCAACCAGCGGCGGGAGCUGGAGCACGGCGACGAGAUUGCCGUGCACGGCAGCGCACGUUUCGUUUUCCGAUACCCUCACAGCCGCCAGACGAGCGCGUUCCUACAGCAAUACACGUUGCUACAGAAGCUCGGCAAGGGCCACUUUGCCGAGGUCUACCUCUGCGUGGAAAAGUCCACCGGCCAGCGAUACGCCGUCAAGAUUUUCACCAGGCAUCCGGGUGUUGAGGACCGCUCGAAAACCGAGGGCCUGCAGCAGGAGAUUGGCGUGCUGAUGGGCGUGAGCCACCCCAACGUGCUCUGCCUCAAGGACACCUUCAACGAGAAGGACCGUGUCUAUUUGGUGCUGGAGCUGGCAGCCGAGGGCGAGCUCUUCAACUUUAUCGUCAUGAAGCAGAAGCUGAGCGAAGACGAGUCGAGGAAACUGUUCAUUCAGCUAUUCCAGGGUAUCAAGUACCUGCAUGAGCGUAACAUUGUGCAUCGCGACAUUAAGCCCGAGAAUAUCCUUCUGACCGACAAGAACCUGCACGUCAAGCUGGCGGACUUUGGUCUCGCCAAGAUCAUUGGCGAGGAGUCCUUUACGACUACGCUGUGCGGAACGCCUAGCUAUGUGGCCCCAGAGAUCCUGGCCGACACCAAGCAUCGCAGGUACACAAAGGCGGUUGACGUGUGGUCGCUUGGCGUCGUCCUGUACAUCUGUCUCUGCGGGUUCCCGCCCUUCUCCGACGAGCUGUACUCGAGAGACUUCCCAUACACCUUGUCACAGCAAAUCCGUAGCGGGCGGUUCGACUACCCGUCGCCCUACUGGGACUCUGUUGGUGAUCCUGCACUCGAUCUCAUUGACUCGAUGCUGGUGGUGGACCCUGAAAAGCGCUUCACCAUCGACCAGUGCCUAUCACACCCGUGGCUGACAGCUACGAGCAACAAUGUGAACGACAGCACUGGUGGUCUCGUGGGGGGCAUCGCCGGGUUGGAGGUCAAUAGGAGAGCCCCGCCCCGCGAGCGCACGCUCUUGUCCAACCUCAACUCGGUCCAGGUCGCCGCCACCGUCGACGGCAACAACAGCGCCGUCAAGGUGUUCGCCAAGAACAAGCAAAACGUCACGAACACGCGCAAGGAGGCUGGGCCCGCGAACGAGAGAGCCCCGCAGGAGUUCAUCGAGAUGGGCGGCAAGGGUGACCAGCAGCUCUUUGGAGACGACAGCUCGAGUAUCUACCCCACAAAUGAGACGACGGCGACGGCGAAACCACAUACCAAGUCGAAGACGAACGGUCGGUAGAUAGUGGGAGGAGUCUUGGUCUAGCAGGUGGUGGGUUGGACGUACGCCUGUAAUACAUGUACAUGGUUUGUGAAGUGAGGCGUGACGGUGGUCAGCCUUGGUAUUUGAUUUGGGAUACACAUAUAAACGAUGUUUGAGCUUGUCACAGGCAUUUCAUUAGCGGAGUUUGGUUCAAAAAAGGCAGAAUUGAAUGAAACGAUUGUACAUUGAGAU